CACAAGCUCAAAUAUGGAGUCUCUUAUGCAGUGGCUUUUGCUAUGGUUUACCAUGUUGAGACCGUUUUGUUGAACAAAAGAUCCAUUCCCAACAAUCACUGCUCACCUGCCUGCGCUGCUCCCACAGACUGUUCCUGUCCUGGGAGCUCUCAGGUUGGUGCCAUGGCUCUCCUCAGAUUGGAUGGGAACAGGCAGUCCUGCUCCAAGGGCGCCUGACCUGUGGGCUACAGUAUACAGAACCACUCACUGGGAAAGUAGGUCUGCAGUAUAACUUUAUACUCUACAGAAGGCUGCCACAUUAAAAUUAAAGCUGGCCUACUUAACCACUAUGGAACUGGAAAUGUUUUUACAUGCAGAAAACUUGCAUGAUUUUAAAGAUUUUUUUUUCUUUCUCCCAAUCUGCUGACACUGGCUCUUAAACACCUCCCUGUGGGAAGGCGGGAAAGUUCUUACAGAUGUGAAGGAACUGUCUUAACACGUGUGGGGUACAGCAAGCAUCGCUUUUGCUAAGAUAGUCUGCCAUAGGCCUAAUUAUUAAAAGUAAUGUGUGAAAUGUAUUGCCGCCUUAUGUCUGACUGUUACUACUGAGUUCCUCCAAAGGUGUGAUAAUUUAUCUAGGUGUUGAAAGAGACAAGUAAUUAACCUGUGAACAGAAAACGUAUCCCUUCGAGGGAUAGUUUAAUUAACUAGUCGAGAGAACUUCUCAUAAGAAAGAAAUAUACAAAAUGUCUUUCCCUUUUGUAUUGUACACCUUGAAAGUACUUUCCUUUUGAUAACAAUGUUGUGCCCUUUAUUCUUUAAUUUGUCUGCUUAACUGCCUUGAGUGCCCCUCUUCAUUCUUGAAUAAUUCAAAAUCCUUUUACCAAUUAAUGUUUAUUUAAUACAUUCUUGAAAUUAAUUAUUUUAAUAAUGGAGGUAGACUUGUAUCUAGAAAUAUACUUAACAAAAAUAUAAAUGCAAUCAUUUCAAAGAUUUUACUGAGUUAUAGUCCAUAUAAGGAAAUCAGUCAAUUGAAAUAAAUUCAUUAGGCCCUAAUCUAUGGAUUUCACAUGACUGGGCAGGGAUGCAGCCAUUGGUGGACCUUGGAGGGCAUAGGCCCACCCACUGGGGAGCCAGGCACGGCCAAUCAGAAGGAGUGUUUCCCCAUAAAAGGGCUUUAUUACAGACACAAAUACUCCUCAGAAAUACCCCCCAUGUGGUCUGCGGUUGUGAAGCCGUUUGUACGUAUUGCCAAAUUCUCUAAAAUGACGGAGGGGGCUUAUAGUAGAGAAAUUAACAUUAAAUUCUCUAGCAACAGCUCUGGUGGACAUUCCUUCAGUCAGAAUGCCAAUUGCACGCUCCCUUAACUUGAGAUCUGUGGCAUUGUGUUGUGUUGGCAAAACUGAACAUUUUAAAGUGGCAAUUUAUUGUCCCCCCCAGCACAAGGUGCACCUAUGUAAUGACCAUGCUGUUUAAUCAGCUUCUUGAUAUGCCACACCUAUCAAGGUCGAUGGAGAAAUGCUCACUACCAGGGAUGUGGCAGGGUAGCCUAGUGGUUAGAGCGUUGGACUAGUAACCGGAAGGUUGCAAGUUCAAACCCCCGAGCUGACAAGGUACAAAUCUGUCAUUCUGCCCCUGAACAGGCAGUUAACCCACUGUUCCUAGGCUGUCAUUGAAAAUAAGAAUUUGUUCUUAACUGACUUGCCUGGUUAAAUAAAGGUAAAAUAAAUAAACUUGUGCACAACAUUUGAGAGAAAUAUGCACAAAUGGAACAUUUCUGGGAUUUCUUUUUUCAGCUCAUGAAACAUGGGACCAACACUAGGUUUAAAUUUUGUUCAGUGAAUAUAUAUUUGGGGAAUGUAUGUCCAUGUUCUCUGUUAUUGUGUUUUUCUUUUUAGGUGAAAAAGGUAUUUAUUUAAUAGAAAAUGCCUUGACUGUGGAUCCAAACUGUGUUCAUGAAAGUCUAAAGCCAUCAUAAGAUAAAGUCUCAAAAUAUUUGGAACUUUAAAGACUCACUGACUAAAAAAGUAUAAAAAAAGAGGUCUCAAAUGCUGCUGUCUCUUUAAAUAUUCCUGCUGUAAUUCCUGGAGCAUGCAUUUGGCUAUUAAAAAGACAUAAAGCUUGUUGGUCUUCAACACAAAAAAAUCACAUGGCAAAACUUCCCCAGACCUUGAAUUAUAGACCAGAAUCAUCUUGGAUGUUACACCUGCAGAGAGCCGGAGGCUCAGAGGGCUCAAUAUGGAUUUGUCUGGGUAGAGGAGCAACACCAUGUUUCUCAGCCUAGAUUCACAGACUCUUCACUGAGUUAUAUGCCUCUAAACAUUUCUUCAUCCAUUUGUAUUUUAUUUUAUACAUAGAGCUGUAAGCAGAGAAUGCUUUCACUAGUCCUGUGGAUGGUAUGGGUCUCCUCGGUCUGCUUUCUACAAUGCAGGCCUGGGUCCUGUAAGGAGAUGAAGCUACCUAGCAGGGUAGGGAAGCCCCCUUCCCCAUCUGACUUUCUGGAUAAACUCAUGGGAAGGACAUCUGGGUACGACGCCCGCAUUAGACCCAACUUCAAAGGUCCUCCUGUGAAUGUCACCAUCAACCUGUUCAUCAACAGCUUUGGGUCCAUCACAGAAACCACUAUGGACUAUCGGCUUAAUGUGUUUCUACGGCAACAAUGGAAUGACCCACGACUGGCCUAUAAGGAGUACCCUGAUGACUCUCUGGACCUGGAUCCUUCCAUGUUGGACUCCAUCUGGAAACCUGACCUUUUCUUUGCCAAUGAAAAAGGGGCAAACUUUCACGAAGUCACCACAGACAACAAACUGCUGCGGAUAUUCCAAAAUGGGAAUGUCCUCUACAGUAUCAGGUUAACUCUGAUCCUGUCCUGCCCUAUGGAUCUGAUGAACUUCCCUAUGGACAUUCAGACAUGCUCUAUGCAGCUGGAAAGCUUUGGCUACACCAUGAAUGACCUGUGUUUCCAGUGGCUGGACAUUGGCCCUGUGCAGGUGGCUGAUGACCUGAUGCUUCCUCAGUUUGUGUUGAAGGAGGAGAAAGACUUGGGCUACUGCACCAAACACUACAACACAGGUAAAUUCGCCUGUAUCGAGGUAAAGUUCCACCUGGAGAGACAGAUGGGUUACUACCUGAUCCAGAUGUACAUCCCCAGCCUGCUAACCGUCAUCCUCUCCUGGGUCUCCUUCUGGAUCAACAUGGAUGCGGCCCCAGCUAGAGUGGGCCUUGGUAUCACCACAGUGCUCACCAUGACAACACAAAGCUCUGGGUCCAGGGCAUCCUUGCCUAAGGUGUCUUAUGUGAAGGCCAUUGAUAUCUGGAUGGCUGUGUGUCUUCUUUUUGUGUUUGCUGCACUGCUGGAGUAUGCAGCAGUAAACUUUGUCUCACGACAGCACAAAGAGUUCUUCAGACUGAGGAAAAAGAUCAAAGAACAACAGCGGCAGAGAACUCAGGGAAGUGGAACUGGUGAGAGCAGCAAAGUGAAAGGUAACAACGUGCCAGGCAACAACACCUGCCAGGGGAACUUGUCUGGCCCUCAGCAGUGCAGUGUCUGUGCCAGGGAGCAGGAACUGGCAGAGCAGAGUCAGGCCUAUUUUCUCCAUAGUUAUGGAGCAGCAGAAGAUGCACCACCAGAGAUGGACGCCCCAAUCUUUCAGGCCUUACCUCCUGGGUUUCCACUGUAUGACAUCCGAAGGCGGUUUGUAGAUCGGGCAAAAAGGAUUGACACUAUAUCCAGGGCUGUGUUCCCUCUGAGUUUCCUUUGCUUCAAUGUUUUCUAUUGGCUCACGUACAAAGUGCUACGGAAUGAAGCCAUCCGAGCUACUCUGUGACAAACCAACAUCUGUGGACUGAAUUAUAGCACUAGAAUCUAGUCUUCCACAGAACACUUUGAGACAGUGUUAGAGAUCCAUCAGCUGUGCCAAUGGAUAAAUAACUGACUGCAUGUCCAGUUCCCUUCAUUUUUUUAUGAAAGUAAGCAAACUUGAUGUCUCUUCGAAGUGUCAUCCUUAAGUUUUUUUUACAAUUCCAAUGGACCGCACUAAUGGCAUAUAAGCCUUCUUGCACUAUGGAUACUUUCAAUGUCACCCCCAUGGAGGGCACAAGUCCAGAUAUUGAAGCAGGACUGCAUGGAAAAAUAUAUAUUUUUUGUAUUUCAGAAUUGUAUUUAUUUUGUACUCUUGUGGAUUGCCACAUUACCGUAUUGGCAAAUCAUAAACCCCUACAAAUAUAUUGAUUUCAACAUAUGGUACACUUUAUGUAAUUGUACAUUAUUGGUACAGAAGUGAAUGCUGGACAUAUUGAAUUGUCUAGUUAGGCAAUGUCCUUGAUUAUCAUACUGUGUCAAAUAUUGACUUUGUCAUCCUCAAUUAAACAAAUCAA